AUGUCAAGUUUGAUACCAAAAACCUUCGCCAAAAUAGCUGUGACUGCUUUACCAGAAAUAGCUACCAAACGAGUUGUAUCCACGUCUGUCGCCCAUAAACAAAGUGCUAGAGUCAUCGAGGUGGAUCCGUUAACACUUGGAACCUGCCCCUUCCGAAGUACCUUUGAAAAAGUAGAAAGUAUAGUGAAUCCAAUCGAGCCAAAAGUUGAGCCACAAGAAUUAACCAAAGAAACAGGCAUCAAAUCAUUUGAACACGUCCCAGGACCUAAAGGUUUACCAAUAUUAGGAAGUUUAUUAGAUUAUUUCAAAAAAGAUGGUCUCAGAUUUGAUAAAAUGUUUGAAGCCUUUAAAGUUCGAUCUAUUGAAUUCGGUCCAGUUUAUAAAGAAAGUAUAGGACCCAUUGACACAGUAGUUAUCAGUGAUCCUGCUGAAUAUGCCAAAGUUAUCCGAGCCGACGGUAAAUUUCCCAACAGAAAAGAGAUGGAGCCCAUGGCCUUUUACAGAGAACAGAAAGGAAUCGGACUUGGUCUUGUUAAUUCACAAGGAGAAGAAUGGCACCGUCAAAGAUCUGCCGUCAUUAAGAAAAUGUUAAUGUUAAAUGAAGUUCAAGACUUUUCUCAGCCAAUGAAUGUUGUAGCCAAUGAUUUUAUUACACAUCUGUCUAGUAGUCGAGAUGCUUCAGGAGAAAUUCAGCAACUUGAUAAACAAAUCUUUAAAUGGGCCAUGGAAUCCAUUGGUACAUUCCUUUUUGAAGAACGAAUCGGUUGUUUAAACGAAAAACCCACAGAACUUGCUCAGGAAUUUAUUGAUACUUUACAAAAAUACUUCCGUUUGAUGCAACAACUAAUGUAUAAUUUACCAAUGUACAAAGUUUUCCGAACCAAGAAAUGGCAGGAAUUUGAAAAAUUAUCAGACAGAAUCAUGGAAGUAGGCAGAGAAUUCGUAGAUAAGAAAAUUGAAAAAUUACAAAACGCCGAUCCCUCCACAUCCCAAGAAAAAGGAGCUUUCCUCACUCAUCUCAUAUCCCAGAAAUCAUUGUCAACCUCUGACGUCACAUCUAAUGCUGUCGAUCUAUUGAGUGCUGCUGUUGAAACGACUUCCAAUGCCAGUUUGUGGUGUUUAUAUAAUCUAGCCACCAACCCAGAAGCACAGCAAACAAUGUUUAACGAAAUUAACACUGUUUUACCAAAUAAAGAAGAUGUCACACCUCAAGCUCUGUCAAAAUUACCUUAUGUUAAAGCUGUGUUAAAAGAAACAUUUAGAAAAUACCCUAUCACCUAUGCUACUAGUCGAUUUUUACCUGAAAAUUUAGAAGUCGGUGGCUACAAUAUUCCAGCUGGGACUCAUGUCCAAGCCAAUCUGUAUGGUAUGUACAGUGAUGCCAAAAUCUUCCCCGAACCCGAGAAAUUUAAACCAGAAAGAUGGUUACGUGAAAGUAAAAUGGACAGUCAAACUAAAUCCUUAUCUAAUUUAAUAUGGGGCCAUGGUGCUAGAAUGUGUAUUGGUCGUCGAUUUGCUGAACAAGAAAUGCACAUCAUGUUAACUAAGAUUAUCCAGAAUUUUAAAUUGGAAUAUCAUCACGAACCUGUUGAACCAACUUUAAAUACUGUCAUGACACCAGAUAGACCGGUUCAAAUUAAAUUUGUACCACGAUCAUAAUAAUUUACAACCAAGAACCGACCAAAAUAGUCUUUCAUUUUUGAAACUGUCCAAAUCAUUUUACAUUUUCAUAACAAAAAAAAUCUUUUCAUAUAUUAUCGCGUGCUGAUAUCUUGUAAUGCGCCUUUUGGUGACGCGUUUUAUUUCUCGUGAGCAUUCUGUUAAACUCACAUGAUCGGAUGUUAAACUACACCCUUUGAUUGACAUGUUUAUCAUGCUCUGACACUGCCAGACUAUACCAUGGAGAGUCUGACAAUGUGAGACUAUAUUUUAAAACCUUAAUCAUGUCCACUAAAUUACAUUCUAUAAUUUCACGAAAAUUUGAACUAUUUUCAAAUGUUCUCAUUUUUUAAUGUUCUUCAAGUGUUCAUAGAUGCAUCUCAAUGACUAAUGAAUCAUGUAUACCUACGUAUAUAAUGGAUAUCACCUUCUAUUCAUGAAUGAUUAUUUUCAUGAUAUUUAGUGCUAUAACUUACUUCUGACCCUCUACGUCAUCCUUCAGAAAAAUUCCCUUUCCUUCUGCCUUUCAUAUGUUGAUCAUCUACUGUGAUUGACUUCUUUUAAACCUUCUCUUUACCGAAUACCUUUCUCACUGGUCAGUACAACAGACUAUUUGUCACUUUCUUCAAGAAACUCUAAAUUUUCAGCACAUAAUUUCCUGCUCAGACGCGGGGAUCACGCUCUAGCCCUUCCUUACUUGAAAUUAUAAUUUAAACGUUUUGGUGCAGACAUUCUCUUAAAAGAGGUUUUAAGAGUAUAUUCUUUAUCUUGAUUCAUCUCAUAGAGUAUUAUUGUAGUUCUACGUGCGCAGUUAAUGUUAGCAAUCCAAAUUAUUAAAAUUUACACCGGUGACGAAGUACGUUUCCUACGAACUGGAAAUAGAUUCAAAAUAUUCUCGUUGUUUCGAGAUUUGUGGUAUGUGGAACUUCAAUAAUACGAUAGUACGUCCCCUCCUCCCCCUUUUCAUAAUCUUGGCUCCUUAAUACAUUUAACAAACCUUUUAAAACCACCCAAGCUAUAAAUCCCCCCCCCCCCACCACCCUAAUUGUGUUAUUUUCACACGAGUGAAAUAUAACACAUUGGCAUGGCAUUGAAUAGUUUGCUUUAUAGCGAGUUUCUUUUAGUAGUAAUCUUAGAAAAAGGCAUUUGAAUUUACUUAGCACACAUGAUAACGAAUUAUGUUUCCAGAUGACCUAUAUUCAGCCGGCAGAAUUUAGGUCAUGUGUAAUCCGGAUUCUAUGCAUAUUUGUACACCCACUCCGAAGUCGUUGUUGUUAUUUUUCUUCGGAUUCUCAUUUACAAUUUUUCACAAAAUAUUCAGAUCUUAGCUUUCCUGGUUUACACAACACAUUCGUAUACUUCUGUGAUAUAUUGAUGGUAUAUCUUAGAUUGCUCGCGGGAGAAACUCGUUGAAAUAUAGAGAAACUAAUGUAUAUUGAAUGAUCUGGUUAAGAAAAUUGAAAUAGUUAUCGAAUGCAGAUAAUAAGAAUAUGGUUCGGAAUGAAUUGCUUUGUGUAUUUUGUACUUAUAUAUCAUUAAUGAUAUUUGAUAGGUAAAUAAAGAUACACACUUGAUCACAAAAUU